GUUUUAGUAUUCGAAACGGCAUAUAAACAACAACAAAAUUGCAAUCGACCAUAUUCGUAUGAAACGAGCGGCAACACAGAAUAAGAAGGAAAAAAAACACAACGACCGUCGUCGUCGUCGUCGUCGUCGUCAUCGUCACUGGAGACAAAAUAUAUAUGAACCGAGAGUACGAGAGAAAAAAACGAGAACAGCAACAACAAAAAAAUUCCAUAUAUACUAAGCACAGUGUGUAUCAGCUGCAACAACAACAUCCAUUAUUGUCGAUGAUUCAUCGCCCGAUCGGGCUAAUAUCCAAUGAAUAUUGUGUGUAUGGAGGCAAUGUGUGUUGUCGCGCGGCGUUGAAUGAAGCGCGCGUGAGACCGACCGAUUCAUAUUAUUUUAUGUUCAAUCAGUUCUGGUGUUUAUAGUGAAGCGUCCACACACACAGUUUAUUAUUCACUUGACGCGCGUGAACAAGCGCGAACCCGAUUUUCGUUGAUGUUUUUUUUUCUGUUUCCCAGUGAUAUAUUUUGACCGAAACGAACGAAAAACAAAAAAAUUUGUAAUCACAAAUUUCCAAUUGAUUAUCGGAUUGUGUGUGUUUUUUUUUAAAUUCCAAACAGAGAAGAGAUCAUAGUGUGUUUUGUGAAACGGUUGUGAAAAAUAUGCGUUAAAAACCGUUGAUUUAUUACAUCACCAACAGUUGUUGUGCUCGCAAGUUUGUUUUUUUUUAUGAUAAAAAAUCAAUUAUUUAAAGACACAACUCGAAACAGGAGAGAAAAAAAACCGUUAAUUCAUCGCAUCAAUUGCAGUUGCUGACAAAAAAAAUAGUAUAUGUGUGUGUCCUCGACUGAGGGAAAUAUACAGAAACAAAAAAUUGCGCCAAAUAAUCGAAAAACAUAAAUUGAAAGUUGAAAAUAUUUAAAUAGACAUUCAGUGACCGUUGCAAAGUUCAAAUUCAUUUGACGUUCAACUAGUUUAACGGUUUUUAAAUUAGCAAUCCAGAGAAGAAGAAGAGAAAAACUUUGACGCAUCUAUUCUUAAAACGGCAGUGUUCAUUUUCUGUUUUGCGUAAAUUGAUUAGUGAAUAAUUUGUUUCACAACAAUUUUUAAUUGAUUGGACAACGCGCAAAACGCUGUGUGAACAUCUUACAAAAUGGACUCAUCUGUAAGUGUUAGUUUGCCACCGCCGCCACCUCCACCACCGCCAAUGCUCAAUAUGAAUGCAACGCACAAUAAUGGACGAUCUCAACUGUUGGCCGACAUCCGCAAGGGAGCCACACUCAAAACAGCACCAACAGUGAAUGAUUCACACCACAAUGAAUUAUCACCAAGUGAUAAAUUGAAGAAGCAAACGCAAGACUUGUUGCAGGCUGAACUCACUAGCACAUUGAAACGUCGUAAGCCCGUUGUGAUUAACGAGCCACCAAAGUACGAGUAUCCGACAUACGACGACGAUAGCUUUAAAAACAAUGAGUCAUCACAUUCCACGGGCAACAGCGCAAACAACGUGCACAAUGCAAACACAACAACACCAACCGCCGCCGUCGUCGUCACAAAGCCAUUGAAUGUGAACGCUGUUUUAUCGGUUGUGACCGGUAUUAAAUUGCCUGAUGUUCAAUAUGAUGCCAAUAAUAUAUCGUCCGCUGCAACGAAAACUCAAGCCAACGACAAACCGAAGAUAACACAUGGCCGACCGAAUUUUACCAUUGCACCAAUGAAAGAGGCCAACAAAUCAAAUGGUCAGCCAGUUACUAGUCCCAAAGUGCCGCAAAUCAAAUCACCUGAAUUAAAAGAUCCAAAACUCCAUCGUCCAAGCUAUUUUUCGAGCACCAUCACGACAUUGGAUAAAUCAUGUGCCAACAAACAACAAACUGCCGAUUCGGCCACCACUACAGGCGCCGAAUCACAAGUGGAAAAAUGCAAGUCGAUCUUUUUGAUAAAGUCACAAAAAAGUGUGGAAAAUGACAGUCCAAAACCGCAAAAGCAACACCAAAAAACGGAAUUGAUUUCGAAAUUCGAGAGUCCAGUGAUGCCAUUGGCCAAUUUUCCACCAGCAGUGGCUCGAUUGCCCAGCGUUUCGGAACAGAAAGAGGUGAUCAAGAAGAAAAAUUCCGUGGAUGAAACACGAAAUGUGAGUGUGGCCAAUAAGAAGGCUCUCUUUGAAAAACCCGUUGAAAGCAUUCCGAAGACGAACGGUGUGAAAACAACCCAGUCAAACAAAGUGAUUUUAAAUCGAACGACAUCGAAUCAAAUUCCAAAUGGGAAAUUUAGCACAUUGAACAGUCCUCGUAUCAUCAGUCAAGCCAACAAUCAACAGAAACCAGGCGUUACAACGGUUGCACUCAACAAGAAUACAUCGUACGGUUCAUUGGGACGACCAUCAAUGGCAACAGUCGGUGGCAAUAAAGAUCGUGUGGAUCAUCAUUUCGAACGCACCGUGCAUACGGUCAACGAAACCACAACCACUAAGGGCAAAUACGAGACAAAACAAUUUGAACAGAAGACGGUUGUGUCAUUUUCAAAGGAUUUGCUCAACGCUCCAAAUAAAUAUCCCGAUCAAAUUCGUGUGAAAAAGACAAUAGUUACGGAACGUUCGCAUGCCAUUAACCAAGAUAACCCAUUCAAUAACAUUCGCUUCUCCAUUCAACCCAAUGGCCAAGUCAUUCCAAAAGCCAAGUGAACUACAGUAUUUUCGACAAAAGAAGAUUUUUUUAUUUCAUGAUUUUUAUUAUUACCGUUUUGAAUAAAUAUGUUACAAUUUCUUCUUUUUUUUCUGUUCGUUUCAACUAAAA